AUGAAGCUUCAGAACGUCGCUCCUCUAUGCCUUGUGGGCUACGCCCUGGCCUUGCCCGCGAACGUCGAUAAGAAGAGACAGGAUCUCUCCGACCUUCCUCCUAUUCCAACUGGGCUUGUGCCAUCUGGGCUUAUUCCCUCGGGGCUUCCAAUCCCUUCACAGGGUCCAGGAUCCGAGCUGCCCACACUCACUGUUCCCUCAGGCUCGCCCGUCGAGAAGCGCCAGGACUUGACCGACCUUCUCCCCUCGAGCAUUCCUCUUCCCUCUGGUUUGACGGAGAUUCUGUCCCAGCUGGGUAUCACCCUUCCUUCGGAUAUUCCUCUCAAGAAGCGCCAGGACCUGUCGCAGAUUUUCCCCUCCGGGGUUCCGAUCCCAUCCGCAGUGUCCAGUAUCCUGUCCGACCUGGGUAUUACCCUCCCUUCCGAUAUUCCUCUCAAGAAGCGUCAGGAACUCGAGUCCCUUCUUCCUUCUGGCACCCUCCCCUCUGGUCUGCCCAUCCCUAGCGGGGUGAACGAUAUCUUGUCCAACCUCGGAAUCACUCUACCCUCGGACUUGCCCAUCAAGAAGCGUCAGGACCUGUCUAGCAUCCUCCCAUCGGGCCUUGCGAUCCCAUCCGGAGUGACCGACAUCUUGUCUGACCUGGGUAUCACUCUUCCUUCGAACUUGCCUCUGAAGAAGCGCCAGGACUUGGACUCGCUGAUUCCCUCUGGCAUCCUGCCCUCCGGCCUCCCGAUCCCCACUGCAGUCACCGGUAUCCUGUCCGACCUGGGUAUCUCUAAGCGUGACGACAAGGAGCCCGAGGCCGUGCCCACCGGUGGAUCCGCCUCUACCAAUGCCACCCAGCCCAGCAGCAGCAGCCUUCCCAAGCCCACCGGUAUUCCUGUGCGGCCUUCCAGCGGCGGUGUCGUCGAGCCCCUUGUUGACGCCUCCAAGUCAGUUCAGAACUCGACUAAGUCCGCCAGCGGCGGCAGCUCUGCUCAGCCUUCUAGCGCCGCCCCUCAGGCUACUGGCACUCCUCUUGCUCCCUUCCCCGGCUCCCCUGAAAUCCCCGCUGCCUCCCCCAGCUCCUCCGCUUCGGUCCGCAGCGCUUUCCCCUUCCAGGCUUGA